GAUAGCCACGUCUGAUGAAUGCCUUUAAACGCCAUAAGGGUACGCCACGUUCAUGUCAGUUAUUGUCAGUAAUACAUUUACCGGCUCGAUUCUAAGAAUUAAUAGAAUAAUCAUAAAUAAUUCUCUUAGAUAAAACUAAUGACAAAAAGUAUGUUUCGAAGUCAUUUAAAUAGUAUAAUAUGGAGUACCAUUGCAUUGCUUUUGAUUUUACAUAUUCGUUUUCUUAAUGCCGCUGACCUCGUGGAUCCGGAUUUAAGUUUGAAGAUAGUGGAAAAACAUAUCGAUUUGCAGUCACAAUUGACGAAGAUAACAACGAGAAUAAUAUUAGAAAAUGGAAGUAAAGAUCGACAGAUAAGACAAUUUUUAUUUGCCAUUGAUCCUGGUCACAAAGGCACUCUCAGUUACAUAUCUGCUCAACGUGAAUCUGGAAGAAUAGAACUUAAAGUUAAAGAAACUAAAGUAGACAAGCAUCCAGAUAAAAUAUUUUACUCUAUCGAUCUCAAAGAUGCCUUAUCGCAGGGUCGUACUAUGUCUGUAGAAGUAGAAACUAUAUUUACUCAUGAAUUGAUACCGCAUCCCAAACAGAUUACGCAGAAAGAAAAACAACUUAUUAAAUACAUUGGAAAUGUUUACAUCUAUAGUCCUUAUACUGUUGGAAAAUUAACUACAACUGUAUCAUUACCUAGUCGUAACGUUGAAAGUUAUUCCAAGAUUAAACCUGUAUUCCAAAGUGAUUCGACGAUUACUUAUGGACCAUACGAAAAGUUGCAACCAUUUUCUUAUGAGGAAUUAACAGUACAUUUUGAAAAUAAUAAUAAAUUCCUCACAGUUACUAGAAUCGAAAGAUCUAUUGAGAUAUCUCAUUGGGGUAAUAUUGCUGUAGAAGAAAGCAUUGAUUUAGUACACACUGGUGCUCAACUAAAGGGAUCUUUUUCUCGUUACGAAUACGCACGCGAAACUAAAACCGGACAAGCAAGCAUUCAAAGUUUUGAUACUAUUCUGCCUGCUGCUGCUUCUGACAUUUAUUAUAGAGACGAAAUUGGAAAUAUUUCUACAUCGCACACACGUAUUAAGAAGGAUUCUGUAGAAUUGAAUUUACGACCAAGAUUUCCAUUAUUUGGCGGAUGGAAAACACGUUACACAAUUGGUUAUAAUGUACCCAGCUAUGAGUAUUUAUUCCAUUCUGGAGAUGAAUAUGCAUUGGAAAUGAGAUUAUUGGACCAUAUUUUUGAUGACAUGGUUGUAGACGAGUUAGUUGUCAAAAUUAUUCUACCAGAAGGAUCACGUAAUAUUAAAUUAACUUUACCAUAUCCAGCUACACGACUGCCAGAUGGCUUACAUUAUACUUACUUGGAUACUACAGGUCGUCCUGUCAUUUCUGUCACUAAAAAGAAUUUAGUUGAAAACCAUAUUCAAAAUUUCAAAUUGAAAUAUACUUUCCCUCGUCUUUUGAUGUUACAAGAACCAUUACUUGUAGCGCUUGCAUUGUAUUUGUUAUUUUUGUUGGUCAUAACAUAUGUUCGAUUGGACUUUUCUAUUGAUAAAGAUGAAAUAUCAGAAAGUAAAUUACGUAUUGCUGGUCAGUGUGAAAAAAUUUUAGCUGCACAAGACCGCCGAGUAACCUCGUACAAUGAAUUAGAUGAUCAAUUGAAUUACGUAAAAACUAACAAAGAUGCCAAUGCAUUUUUAUCUGCUGUAAAGAGCAUUAAUCAAGAAUACAAAAGUGCAACAAGCGCUGUUGCCGAAAUAGCUCAACGUUUAAAGGGAGAGUCUGGAGAUAUGUACGAACGUGUUCAAGAACUUCAAAAAUAUGACAAACUAUUGAAAGAACUUUACAACCAACAACAAUCACUCUAUGUAGAUAAACUAGUACCAGGAAAAAUUGGUCGUCAACAAUUCGUUGAAGCAGAAUCAAUUAUCAAUAGAAAAAAAGAAGAAUGUGUUGAAAAAAUCAAUGCCAUUGUUAAAUCACUUCAAUAAUACUACUUUCAUAAAUUAUGUGUUUAACACAUUCACUGUGUUUCAGAACAAAAGACUUAGUAAUAAUGGUGCAUUUGCAAUACUGUAAGAUUAUUAUUACAUUUGUAAAUUAAUCUAAUAUCAAUUUGAAAUGAUGAUUAAAAAGACUUACUAAAAAUGA